UAUCUGUGGUCGACUAGUCAACUCGUCCCUCUUAUCACUAAAAUUUUCGUUCUGAAAUCUGUAACCUGUGUGCUGUGUCUAUGACAUUUUAUGUCCCAAAAAUAUCCGAAGUAGCAUGCAAGAACUGUUUCACCACUGUACACUUUAACCAGUAUUCUGUUCGUUAUUGCGUAUAAUUGGUUUAACUAACGCCGAUAAAAUGGCUGUUUGGAGUUCAUUGAAACUGGGAUCGGUGAUCAGCAAAUGUCCGAGUUUGAAGAAAACCGAUGUGCUAAAAUCAUCUGCUCUUGUACCAACUCGUAACAUGAGUGGUCAUCAUUUAAUGGGUGUUAAGGAGACUCGCUGGCAAUGGACAAAAUUCAAGGAUUUAAUUCACUAUUAUGUUUUGGUUGGCGUUAUUCCUUUGACUCUACUUAUCACUGGUGUUAAUGUUUUUAUUGGACCAGCUAAAUUGGCUCCAAUUCCUGAAGGCUACAGACCUGCACAUUGGGAAUACCAUCAGCAUCCAAUCACCAGAUGGAUGGCUCGUUAUAUUUAUCCCAGUCCACAACAGCAAUAUGAAAAGUAUCUACAUACAUUAUAUGAAGAAGACGAAAAAUUUAAAGUCAGAAUGUUAGCCAACAAAAUUAAUGAAAUGAUGAAAGAUCGAUCAGACUACAAAUCAUUUUACUAUAGACCUAUCUCUGCUAACCAUCACAGAGUUAUCAAAGAAUCUAUGGAUCGCCAAGAGUCCGAGGGAUUAAACUAGUUAUACACAUUUGUAUAAUUAAAUUAGAAAUUGUUAAUUUUAUUGUAGGUACUAAAAACAUGUUUAUAACGUACAUUUAAAUGCAAAUUAUACAUAAUAGGUUUUUAAAAAUCCAGAUGAAAUAUUGUAUUUUAUAUCGCAUAUUAAAAAAUGAAUAAAUUAAUUGUCUGGCCUGUUUUGGUCUGACUAAUGUUGUACAUUCUAUAAUCGAAUCACAUUAUUACACAUUUCAAAUUGUAUACACCUGGGUUAUCUAUACAUAUACUGAAAACACUAAAUAUGUUAUCAAAUUAAAUUAAUUGAGCUUAGUAAAUCAGAUAUUACAAUGAAAACAUUUAAAUUUAUCAAUUCUAAAUGAAAAAACACAAAAUUUAAUUAAAAAUGUAGAAUAGAUAAAUAUAUAGUACCUAAAUUAAUAUUUUAAGCAUAGAAAAAUAACAUUUUUCUAUUCUAUCUGCAAUGGAAAAUUAGAGAAGAUUUGAGAGGAAAUU